AUGAGCACAAUAACAAACGUAAAGAUUAAUACGACCUCUGAGGAAGGGCAACGGGACAGAGUAUGUUCGGCAACCAUCACCAACGCAAUAGUGAGCGACUCUGGCAUGUAUUACUGUUUGGCUGUUCACUCGAAGGCGGUCCACACUGGCAAUGGAUCCAAUCUAAUCGUCACAGGUGAAAUACAACUAUGCAUUUGCUAAUUAUCAACACCAUAUAAGCUGCACUGCAAAUAACAAGCCUGAAAGAAUAUUCCCAAAUUAUAAUUGAAUGUUAUUCUUCUCAUUACAGAGAGCAGCACUGAAUUUCCAACCAUCAAAAUCAUCUCAUCAUCAGACAGUGACGGCUCCUCCGCCCCUCUGCUGUGUUUGGUGUCAGGAGUGGUCCCGUCUCAGGUCCAUGUGUUCUGGCUCAUAGACGGGAGAAAGGAGAGAGGACUUACUGAUUCCACCUGGACAGACAACAGUGAUUCAGCCACAGAGUUCACUAGGAACCAGAUUCUGGUCCAGGCAGAGGAGUGGGACAGAGGGGUGCAGUGUACAUGUGUGGUGGAGUUUGAGGGAAAUUCUACUACCAAAACUGUGCAAAGAAUAGGUACGUUAAAAAUAUGGUUUUUGGGAAACUGUGGUCAACAUUCCCCUCCCAACUGCACCCUUGCAGUGAACAAAACGACUGUUUUACUGCUAGAGAAUUCUCUUAACAACGUCCAUGACAAGGUACAGAAUAUUUAUGCAGAUUACAGUUACCUUACUUACUUACUUACUUAGUACAGUUACAUACUUAUCUUUGUGUAUGGUAUGUCAUAUCCUCAGAUCUUGGCGUGCUGUGUUACGUCACAGUGUGGAUAUACAGACUCCUGGGAAUAACUGCCUGGCUUCUGCUGUUGAUCAUGGCUGCCACUGUGGCAGCAUGCAGAGGCAAAAACAGAGGUAUGUUUAAAUACUGACAUACAAUGUAUUCAGACCCCUUGGCUUUUUCCACAUUUUAUUAAGUUAUAGCUUUGUUCUAAAAUUGAUUAAAUUGUUUUUUUUCCCGUCAUCAUCUAUACACAAUACCCCAUAAUGGCAAGGCAAAAACUGUUUUUUAGAAAUUUAGAAAUACUUUAUUUACAUAAGUAUUCAGACCGUUUGCUAUGAGACUUGAAAUUGAGCUCAGGUGCACAGAUCUGGGGAAGGGUACCAAAGUAUUUCUACAGCAUUGAAGGUCCCCAAGAAAACAGUGUCCUCCAUCAUUCUUAAAUGAAAGAAGUUUGGAACCACCAACACUCUUCCUAGAGCUGGCUGCCCGGCCAAACUGAGGAAUUGGGGGAGAAGGGCCUUUGUCAGGGAGGUGACCAAGAACCCGAUGGUCACUCUGACAGAGCUCCAGAGUUCCUCUGUGGAGAUGGGAGAACCUUCCAGAAGGACAACCAUCUCUGCAGCACUCCACCAAUCAGGCCUUUAUGGUAGAGUGGCAAGACUGAAGACACUCCUCAGUAAAAGGCCCAUGACAGCCCGCUUGGAGUUUGCCAAAAGGUACCUACAGAUUCUCAGACCAUGAGAAACAAGAUUCUCUGGUCUGAUGAAACCAAGAUUUAACAAUUUGGCUUGAAUGCCAAGCGUCACAUCUGGAGGAAACCUGGCACAAUCCCUACGGUGAAGCAUGGUGGUGGCAGCAUCAUGCUGUGGGGAUGUUUUCAGCGGCAGGGACUGGGAGACUAGUCACGAUCGAGGGAAAGAUGAACGGAGCAAAGUACAGCGAGAUCCUUGAUGAAAACCUGCUCCAAAGCACUCAGGACCUCAGACUGGGGCGAAGGUUCACCUUCCAACAGGACAAUGACCCUAAGCACACAGCCAAGACAACGCAGGAGUGGCUUCGGGACAAGUCUCUGAAUGUCUUUGAGUGGCCCAGCCAGAGCCCGGACUUGAACCCGAUCGAACAUCUCUGGAGAGACCUGAAAAUAGCUGUGCAGCGACGCUCCCCAUCCAACCUGACAGAGCUUGAGAGGAUCUGCAGAGAAGAAUGGGAGAAACUCCUCAAAUACAGGUGUGCCAAGCUUGUAGCAUCAUACCCAAGAAGACUCGAGGCUGUAAUUGCUGCCCAAGGUGUUUCAACAAAGUACUGAGUAAAGGGUCUGAACACUUAUGUAGAUGUGAUAUUUCGGUUUUGUAUUUUUAAUACAUUUGCAAAAAUUUCUAAAAACCAGUUUUUGCUUUGUCAUUAUGGGGUAUUGUCUGUAGAUUGAUGAGGAAAAAAAACAAUUUAAUCAAUUUUAGAAUAAGGCUGUGUCACGAUCGUCAUAAUGAGUGGACCAAGGCGCAGCGUGAUAUGCGUACAUCUCUUUAAUAGUGUACUUAGCAACACGAUACAAAAACAACAAAACGAAAUGUGAAGUCCUCGGUCAAUAACACAAACCUACACGGAACAAGAUCCCACGAAUCACAAGUGCACAAAAGGCUGCCUAAGUAUGGUUCCCAAUCAGAGACAACAAGCAACAGCUGAUUCUCGUUGCCUCUGAUUGAGAACCACCCCGGCCAACCUAGAAACACAUAACCUAGAACAGAACAUAGAAAACGAAACAUAGACACUACAAAAAGAAACUAACACCCUGGCUCAACAUACAAGAGUCCCCAGAGCCAGGGCGUGACAGGCUGUAAUGUAACAAAAUGUGGAAAAAGUCACGGGGUCUGAGUACUUUCUGAAUACGCUGUAGGUCCUGAAUGACCCAAAUACAUGAAUAGAAUAGAAUGUAAUAAUACAAAUAUACAAAUGUACUGUACGUUGUAAUGGUUCAGUUACACAAUAGAAUAAUUCACCUGUUUUGACAUGCACUGUUUUGAGUCUUUAUAUCCAUUUUGUGUCUUAGGUGUUCAGAGGAAUGAUACCUCAAAGAACAGGGGAAAAAGGCAUAAUUCAUCAUAAAAAGGAAAAGGUUUUAUAGUUUUUCAUUUGUACAAAGUCAUUUUGGCAGCAAUGACAUGUGUUAAGACAAUUGGGAAAAGUUGUUUAUUUUUUGUUGUUGAUGUUGCUUGCUUAACUGUUGCUAACUAUAAAAAAAUGAAAGUGUAAUAUAGAAAAAGCUAAUUUGGAUGUCAAAUUGCAGUUAUAUUUUUCUCAUAGAACUGAUUCAUAUUUAAUUACUGUCCACUCUCUCAUUACAAAUUCUGGGUCAUUUAUCAAUCUUUUUCUUAAUCUAAACAUUUGAAGGAGUGAUUGUAAUGUUAUUGAUUUCCUCUCUGUGAACCACACUUUGCUAGGUUUCAUGCAGGCAACUAUGUAGUUACAGACUUCGAAUGAAUCAAUUUCAAGAAAAUGUCCAUGUUUAAAAGAUGCAAUACAAUAGUAUUGCUUCAUUCCUUAUGCUCAUGCUAUGUUGUUACUGCCAUAUUUGCUAAAGUAAUAAACCUGUCCAGAAAUCCUGACCAUAUGUUUGUACUACUAACUUGUAAAGGAGAGACAUGAUACCCAACUCUUUGACUCUUACUAAGUGCAUAUCAGAUAAUCAAAUAAAAUCACAUUUUAUUUGUCACAUGCCCCGAAUACAACAGGUGUAGACUUUACCAUGAACUGCUUACUUACGAGCCCUUUCCCAACAAUGCAGAGUUAAAAACGGGAAUAGUAACACAGAUACAUGCAUAUUUUAUGCUAAAAUAGUUGCAAUUGCUGUGCAAUAAGUGUCCUCAAAUUAAAAAGUGAAACUUUGGAAGUAAGCAGUGUGCAGCAGCGUCGCUUAUCCGACUCGUCUUAUUUAGUCCAACAGACUAAAUGUUUAAAUGCAUCCCAUGUGAGAUAGGGUGAGAUUAUUGCUGGUCUCUGUCGGUUUGCUUUCAUCAUAAAAACACAAGUCAAAGUAACUUUAAACCAAGUCAUUAAGCUACACAAACCCUUUCAGACACUUUGGAAUAACUUAGGCAGGAAAUGUAAAACAUGAUAAUGUUGAGUAGAUCAACUUACAUUGGUAUUUUUUUAUUAUACAGUGAGCGGUCUGUGACAGUGGCUAGGUCAACAACUCCAAAGCAUGGAUUGCAGUCUCUCCUUAUCUAUAGACUACUUUGAGGGUAAUUAAAUGAAUUCAUUCAUUAAUGCAUUUUGUUAUUUGAGUGAACCUAUCCCUUCAAAUGUCAUUGCCAGGUAAAUUAAUGGAGAAGAGCAUGAUUUCGUUCAGAGAAUGAACUGUCAGACGUUUUCUAUGUACAAUUUUGGGGUUGCUCCAGAUUUGUCAGUCUAUAACAUAGAGGCCUCCUCUUCCUUCCUGCCCUCCAUCUCAUAGACUAUAUGCCAAUGAAGAGCCAUUUCAUGCAACCUGUUUCCAAAUGAGGAGUUAAAACAUAUAGGCUAAUUUAAAUGGAGUAAUAACAUUUUCAUAUAGAAAAGUAGAAACAUUGGUAUACAGUGCAUUCGGAAAGUAUUCAGACCCUUUCACAUUUUCCACAUUUUGUUAAGUUACAGCCUUAUUCUAAAAUUGAUUAAAUAAAUAAAAAUCGUCAUCAAUCUACACACAAUACCCCAUAAUGACAAAGCAAAAACAGGUUUUUAGAAAUGUAUUACAAUUAAAAAACAGAAAUACCUUAUUUACUUAAGUAUUCAGACCCUUCGCUAUGAGAUUCAAAAUUGAGCUCAGGUGCAUCCUGUUUCCAUUGAUCAUCCUUGAGAUGUUUCUACAACUUGAUUGGAGUCCACCUGUGGUACAUUAAUUUGAUUGGACAUGAUUGGGAAAGGUACACACCUGUCCAUAUAAGGUCACACAGUUGACAGUGCAUGUCAGAGCAAAAACCAAGCCAUGAGGUCGAAGGAAUUGUCUGUAGAGCUCCGAGACAGGAUUGUGUCGAGGCCCAGAUCUGGGGAAGGGUGCAAAAACAUUUCUGCAGCAUUGAAGGUCCCCAAGAACACAGUGUCCUCCAUUAUUCUUAAAUGAAAGAAGUUUGGAACCACUAACACUCUUCCUAGAGCUGGCCGCCCAGCCAAACUGAGGAAUCGGGUGAGAAGGGCCUUGGUCAGGGAGGUGACCAAGAACCCGAUGGUCACUCUGACAGAGCUCCAGAGUUCCUCUGUGGAGAUGGGAGAACCUUCCAGAAGGACAACCGUCUCUGCAGCAUUCCACCAAUCAGGCCUUUAUGGUAGAGUGGUCAGAUGGAAGACACUCCUCAGUAAAAUGCACAUGACAUCCCGCUUGGAGUUUACCAAAAGGCACCUAAACUCCCUGCGGACCUGUCAUCUUUUCACUCCCUCCUCUCUACAUUCUCUUCCUCUGUUUCCGCUGCUAAAGCCACUUUCUACCACUCUAAAUGUCAAGCCUCUGCCUCUAACCCUAGGAAGCUCUUUGCCACCUUAUACUCCCUGCUGAAUCCUCCUCCUCCUCCCCCUCCCUCCUCCCUCUCUGUGGAUGACUUCGUCAACCAUUUUGAAAAGAAGGUUGACGACAUCCGAUCCUCAUUUAUUAAGUCAAAUGACACCGCUGGUCCUGCUCACACUGCCCUACCCUAUGCUUUGACUUCUUUCUCCCCUCUCUCUCCAGAUGAAAUCUUGCAACUUGUGUAGGCCGGCCGCCCAACAACCUGCCCGCUUGACCCUAUCCCCUCCUCUCUUCUCCAGACCAUUUCGGGAGACCUUCUCCCUUACCUCACCUCGCUCAUCAACUCAUCCUUGACCGCUGGUCAUGUCCCUUCUGUCUUCAAGAGAGUGAGAGUUGCACCCCUCCUCAAAAAACCUACACUUGAUCCCUCCGAUGUCAACAACUACAGACCAGUAUCCCUUCUUUCUUUUCUCUCCAAAACUCUUGAGCGUGCCGUCUCUAGCCAACUCACCUGCUAUCUCUCUCAGAAUGACCUUCUUGAUCCAAACCAGUCAGGUUUCAAAACUGGUCAUUCAACUGAGACUGCUCUUCUCUGUGUCACGAGGCUCUCCGCACUGCUAAAGCUAACUCUCUCUCCUCUGCUUUUAUCCUUCUAGAUCUAUCCGCUGCCUUUGAUACUGUGAACCAUCAGAUCCUCCUCUCCACCCUCUCCGAGUUGGGCAUCUCCGGCGCUGCUCACUCUUGGAUUGCGUCCUACCUGACCGGUCGCUCCUACCAGGUGGUGUGGUGAGAAUCUGUCUCCGCACCACGUGCUCUCACCACUAGUGUCCCCCAGGAUUCAGUUCUAGGCCCUCUCCUAUUCUCUCUAUACACCAAGUCACUUGGCUCUGUCAUAUCCUCACAUGGUCUCUCCUAUCAUUGCUACGCAGACGACACACAAUUAAUUUGAUCUUUUCCCCUUUCUGAUAAUCAGGUGGUGAAUCGCAUCUCUGCAUGUCUGGCAGACAUAUCAAUGUGGAUGUCGGAUCACCACCUCAAGCUGAACCUCGGCAAGACAGAGCUGCUCUUCCUCCCGGGGAAGGACUGCCCGCUCCAUGAUCUCGCCAUCACGGUUGACAACUCCAUUGUGUCCUCCUCCCAGAGUGCAAAGAACCUUGGCAUGACCCUGGACAACACCCUGUCGUUCUCCGUUAACAUCAAAGUGGUGACCCGAUCCUGCAGGUUCAUGCUCUACAACAUUCGCAGAGUACGACCCUACCUUACACAGAAAGCGGCACAGGUCCUAAUCCAGGCACUUGUCAUCUCCCGUCUGGAUUACUGCAACUCGCUGGCUGGGUUCUCUGCCUGUGCCAUUAAACCCCUACAACUUAUCCAGAAUGCUGCAGCCCGUCUGUUGUUCAACCUUCCCAAGUUCUCUCAUGUCACCCCGCUCCUCCGCACACUCCACUGGCUUCCAGUUGAGGCUCGCAUCUACUACAAGACCAUGGUGCUUGCCUACGGAGCUGUGAGGGGAACGGCACCUCCUUACCUUCAGGCUCUGAUCAGACCCUACACCCAAACGAGGGCUCUACGUUCAUCCACCUCUGGCCUGCUAGCUCCCCUACCUCCUCGGAAGCACAGUUCCCGCUCAGCCCAGUCAAAGCUAUUCGCUGCUCUGGCACCCCAAUGGUGAAACAAGCUCCCCCAUGAUGCCAGGACAGCGGAGUCACUGACCACCUUCCGGAGACACUUGAAACCCUACCUCUUUAAGGAAUACCUGGAAUAGUAUAAAGUAAUCCUUCUUCCCCCACCCCCUAUAAAAAAAGGGGGUUGUCCCACUGGCUAUCAUAAGUUGAAUGCACCAAUUUGUAAGUCGCUCUGGAUAAGAGCGUCUGCUAAAUGAUGUAACUGUACCUGUAAAGACUCUCAGACCAUGAGAAACAAGAUUCUCUGAUCUGAUGAAACCAAGAGUGAAUGCCAAGCGUCACGUCUGGAGGAAACCUGGCACCAUCUCUAUGGUGAAGCAUGAUGGUGGCAGCAUCGUUCUGUGGGGAUGUUUUUCAGCGGCAGGGACUGGGAGACUAGUCAGGAUCAAGGGAAAGAUGAAUGGAGCAAAGUACAGCGAGAUCCUUGAUGAAAACAUACUCCAGAGCGCUCAGGACCUCAGACUGGGGCCAAGGUUCACCUUCCAACAGGACAAUGACCUUAAGCACACAGCCAAGACAACGCAGGAGUGGCUUCGGGACAAGUCUCUGAAUGUCCUUGAGAGGUCCAGCCAGAGCCCGGACUUGAACCCGAUCGAACAUCUCUGGAGAGACCUGAAAAUAGCUGUGCAGCGACGCUCCCCAUCCAACCUGACAGAGCUUGAGAGGAUCUACAGAGAAGAAUGCGAGAAACUCCCCAAAUACAGGUGUACCAAGCUUGUAGCGUCAUACCCAAGAAGACUUGAGGCUGUAAUCGCUGCCAAAGGUGCUUCAACAAAUUACUGAGUAAAUACUUAUGUAAAUGUGAUAUUUCCCGUUUAAAAAAAAUAAAAAAUUCUACAAACCAGUUUUUGCUUUGUCAUUAUGGGGUAUUGUGUGUAGAUUAAUGAGGGGAAAACAUAAUUUAAUCAAUUUUAGAUUAAGGCUGUAACGUAACAAAUUUUGGAAAAAGUCAAGGGGUCUGAAUACUUUCCGGAUGCACUGUACAUUUACAAUGUGUUACUCCUAUUGUCAUUGCUGAAAAUAAUGUGAGAUCUGUAGCUGAGUGUGAGAUUCAGUAGCAGAGUAGACCUAAAGUGGUUUGCGUACUGUUCAUAAUUGUGCCAGAGCAGUGGACAGAAAGUAACACCCAUCAAGUCAGGACGUACAGCAGCGGCUUUGUUGUGUCCUCUUUGUCUUGUGGUUUGAAGAGGCGACACCAACUGAGGUGGUCUUUCAAGGUAAAGCUCAACAGGUUGACUUCUGAAGAAUUGAUGCACUCAUGAAAAAAAAAUCCCCAUUGCAACUGUUGUGACCUUUUGUGCCUUUGCAAAUUAUUUUGAAUUAUUUGUCACUAAUGGUGUUUUAUAAACCUUUUUUAUCACCCAAACUAAAUAAUUAUGAAAAACAUACUGUUAUACUGAUCAUCAUCAUCAUUUGUGUCAAUUCCAUUCCAAUUAAAUAAAAAAAUUGGAGCUUUGCAUGCGGCGCUGACUAACGUUGAAACACAAUGGAGACCACUAUGUUGUGUAACUACCUCUUCUCUUUAAAAGGUCUGUUUUUCUGAGGUUGCUAACCAGAAUGGUAGCAUCAAUUGUCUGCAGUCCAUUUUUAUUCACUGACGUGGCCUCACAACCUUAAUCAGGUCAAAGACAAGACCACCAUAUUGCACAUUUAGGUUGGAGAGCAUUUCAGUCUGUGUCAACUUUUGAUUCAAACCUUGUUGAUAUGCCAAAUGAAUAAAGACACUUUGAAUUAGCUAAAGAAGAGUGUCUUGCAUAAACUGUAAAGAUGUACCUUGUAAAGAUAAACUGAUGUAAAUGUCUAACUUAAAAUUACUUGGACUGAAAAAUUGACUGAUAUGCCUUAGCAUAUAACAUCCUCCUGAAUCUGCCACGGACUGCAUCGAGAGACAGCUUUCUACAAAUCUACAUAAAUGUCUCUGUAAUAUGUUUCAGAAAUUGUUUGGAAAUGAAAAGCACACCUUCAUUGUCAUUCAGUGUUUUCUUUAUUUCUAAAUCAGUACCCCAUUGUCACCUGUCUAAAGGCAGUGAUUCCCAUUUGUGUGUGUCUGUGUGUUGGGGUGGGGCUGAACUAUUCUUCCAUCCUGUCAGAUGUACGCUCGUUAUUACUUAGCUGAAGGAGCGAGCAAUUUUUCUCAACCCUCUGAUGUUAAACAUGUAUAUUCAGCUUCUGAUUCUGUGCUGCAUGCAUAUUUUGAAAGGUAAGCUACCUCUAAUUUUAUUCAUUAAUUGCAUUUAAUUGAUUCUACACUACAAAAUCUUGUUUUAUCAUAGCGGUCACCAUUGACCUAUAACAUAAACUGAAAACAAAACACUUUCAGCAUCAUAAAAAAAAAAGUGAAUUCGGAAAGUAAUCACACCCUUUGACUUUUUCCACAUUUUGUUACGUUACAGCCUUAUUCUAAAAUUGAUUCAAUUGUUUUUUUCCUUAUCAAUCUACACAUAAUACUCCAUAUUGGCAAAGCAAAAACAGGUUUUUUUGUGCAAAUUAAAAAACCCUGCCGCUGAAAAAUAUCCCCACAGCAUGAUGCUGCCACCACCACCGUUUCAUGCAGACACUUGGCAUUCAGGCCAAAGACUUUACUCUUGGUUUCAUCAGACCAGAUAAUCUUGUUUCUCAUGGUCUGAGAGUCCCUUAGGUGCCUGUUGGCAAACUCCAAGCAGGCUGUCAUGUGCCUUUUACUGAGGAGUGGCUUCCGUCUGACCACUCUACCAUAAAGGCCUGAUUGAUGGAGUGCUGCAGAGACGGUUGUCCUUCUGGAAGGUUCUCCCAUCUCCACAGAGGAACUCUGGAGCUCUGUCAGAGUGACCAUCGGGUUCUUGGUCACCUCCCUGACCAAGGCCCUUCUCCCCCGAUUGCUCAGUUUGGUCGGGCGGCCAGCUCUAAGAAGAUUCUUGGUGGUUCCAAACCUUCAAUGCUGCAGAAUUGUUUUGGCACCCUUCCCCAGAUCUGUGCCUCGACACAAUUCUGUCUCGGAGCUCUAUGGACAAUUCCUUCGAUCUCAUGGCUUGUUUUUUUGCUCUGACAUGCACUGUCAACUGUGGGACCUUAUAUAGACAGGUGUGUGCCUUUCCAAAUCAUGUCCAAUCAAUUGAAUUUUCCACAGGUGGACUCCAAUCAAGUUGUAGGAACAUCUCAAGGAUGAUUAAUUGAAACAGGAUGUACCUGAGCUCAAUUUCGAGUCUCAUAGCAAAGGAUCUGAAUAAUUGUGUAAAUGGGAUAUUUUUGGUUUUUAUUUUUUAUAAAUGUGCAAAACGUUCUAAAAACCUGUUUUUGCUUUGUCAUUCUGGGGUACUGUGUGUAGAUUAAUGAAUAAAAAAUAGGCUGUGGAAAUUGUGGAAAAAGGGAAAAGGUCUGAAUGCUUUCCAAAUGCAUUGUACAGUGAGGGAAAACAUUAUUUGAUCCCCUGCUGAUUUUGUAUGUUUGCCCACUGACAAUGAAAUGAUCAGUCUAUAAUUUUAAUGGUAGGUUUAUUUGAACAAUGAGAGACAGAAUAACAACAACAAAAAUCCAGAAAAACGCAUGUCAAAAAUGUUAUAAAUUGAUUUGCAUUUUAAUGAGGGAAAUAAGUAUUUGACCCCCUCUCAAUCAGAAAGAUUUCUGGCUCCCAGGUGUCUUUUAUACAGGUAGCGAGCUGAGAUUAGGAGCACACUCUUAAAGGGAGUGCUCCUAAUCUCAGUUUGUUACCUGUAUAAAAGACACCUGUCCACAGAAGCAAUCAAUCAAUCAGAUUUCAAACUCUCCACCAUGGCCAAGACCAAAGAGCUCUCCAAGGAUGUCAGGGACAAGAUUGUAGACCUACACAAGGCUGGAAUGGGCUACAAGACCAUCGCCAAGCAGCUUGGUGAGAAGGUGACAACAGUUGGUGCGAUUAUUCUCAAAUGGAAGUAACACAAAAUAACUGUCAAUCUCCCUCGGCCUGGGGCUCCAUGCAUGAUCUCACCUCGUGGAGUUGCAAUGAUCAUGAGAACGGUGAGGAAUCAGCCCAGAACUACACGGGAGGAUCUUGUCAAUUAUCUCAAGGCAGUUGGGACCAUAGUCACCAAGAAAACAAUUGGUAACACACUACGCAGUGAAGGACUGAAAUCCUGCAGCGCCCGCAAGGUCCCCCUGCUCAAGAAAGCACAUAUACAGGGCCGUCUGAAGUUUGCCAAUGAACAUCUGAAUAAUUCAGAGGAGAACUGGGUGAAAGUGUUGUGGUCAGAUGAGACCAAAAUCGAGCUCUUUGGCAUCAACUCAACUCGCCGUGUUUGGAGGAGGAGGAAUGCUGCCUAUGACCCCAAGAACACCAUCCCCACCGUCAAACAUGGAGGUGGAAACAUUAUGCUUUGGGGGUGUUUUUCUGCUAAGGGGACAGCACAACUUCACCGCAUCAAAGGGACGAUGGACGGGGCCAUGUUCCGUCAAAUCUUGGGUGAGAACCUCCUUACCUCAGCCAGGUCAUUGAAAAUGGGUUGUGGAUGGGUAUUCCAGCAUGACAAUGACCCAAAACACACGGCCAAGGCAACAAAGGAGUGGCUCAAGAAGAAGCACAUUAAGGUCCUGGAGUGGCCUAGCAAGUCUCCAGACCUUAAUCCCAUAGAAAAUCUGUGGAGGGAGCUGAAGGUUCGAGUUGCCAAACGUCAGCCUCGAAACCUUAAUGACUUGGAGAAGAUCUGCAAAGAGGAGUGGGACAAAAUCCCUCCUGAGAUGUGUGCAAACCUGGUGGCCGACUACAAGAAACGUCUGACCUCUGUGAUUGCCAACAAGGGUUUUGCCACCAAGUACUAAGUCAUGUUUUGCAGAGGGGUCAAAUACUUAUUUCCCUCAUUAAAAUGCAAAUCAAUUUAUAACAUUUUUGAAAUGCAUUUUUCUGGAUUUUGUUGUUGUUAUUCUGUCUCUCACUGUUCAAAUAAACCUACCAUUAAAAUUAUAGACUGAUCAUUUCUUUGUCAGUGGGAAAACAUACAAAAUCAGUAGGGGAUCAAAUACUUUUUUCACUCACUGUAUAUACAAAAGUAUGUGGACACCUCUUCAAAAUUAGUGGAUUUGACUAUGUUGCUGACAGGUGUAUAAAUUCGAGCACACAGCCAUGCAAUCUCCAUAGACAAACAUUGGCAGUAGAGUGGCCUUACUGCAGAGCUCAGUCACUUUGAAAGUGGCACCAUCAUAGGAUGCCGCCUUUCCAACAAGUCAGUUCAUAAAAUUUCUGCCCUGGUAGAGCUGUCCCGGUCAACUGUAAGUGCUGUUAUUGUGAAGUGGAAACGUCUAGGAGCAACAACAGCUCAGCCGCGAAGUGGUAGGCCACACAAGCUCACAGAACGGGACCGCCGAGUGCUGAAGCGCGUAGCGCCCAAAAAUAGUCUGUCCUCGGUCAGCAUAAUAACUGUUCGUCGGGAGCCACCAUUGGAUUCUGGAGCAGUGGAAAUGCGUUCUCUGGAUUGAUGAAUCACGCUUCACCAUCUGGCAGUCCGACGGACGAAUUUGGGUUUGGCGGACGCCAGGAGAACGCUACCUGCCUCAAUGCAUAGUGCCAACUGUAAAGUUUGGUGGAGGAGGAAUAAUGGUCUGGGGCUGUUCAUUCUAGAGGAUUCUGUGCUUCCAACUUUGUGUGAACAAUUUGGGGGAGGUCCUUUCCUGUUUUAGCAUGAUAAUGCCCCGUGCAUAAAGCGAGGUCCAUACAGAAAUGGUUUGUUGAGAUUGGUGUGAAAGAAUUUGACUGGCCUGCACAAAGCCCUGACCUCAACCCCAUCGAACACCUUUGGGAUGAAUUGGAAAGCCGACUGCGAGCCAGGCCUAAUUGCCCAAUAUCAGUGCACGACCUCACCAAUGCUCUUGUGGCUGAAUGGAAUCCCCCGCAGCAAUGUUCCAACAUCUAGUGGAAAGCCUUCCCAGAAGAGUGGAGGCUGUUAUAGCAGCAAAGGGGGACCAACUCCAUAUUAAUGCCCAUGAUUUUGGAAUGAGAUGUUCGACAAGCAGGUGUCCACAUACUUUUGGUCAUGUAGUGUAUCACUUUAACCCAAUAUCAAUCUAUGGAAGGCAUUUGGUUCAGUACCAUGUUUCCAUCUUCAGUUGUAGUGCCCAUCUUGUCGGAGGACUCAACAGUGACCCAGUAUCCACCUGUUGUUGAGGAGGUAGUCGGCGGCAACAUCACCAUGAACUGCAUUCUGGAGGGGUUGACGUCUUACUGUUAUACCGUCGCCUGGAUAAGACUGCCCAAACAACCCGGGGCGCUGCGAGUCCCCAAGAACACCGUUAUCAACACCAGAUCUCAGUAUGAAAUCUUCAAGAAUAUGUGCCCAGUGUCCAUCUACAACGCAACUGUCACCGACUCUGGGAUUUACUACUGUGCCGUCAUAUAUGGCCAGCAGAUCUACUUAGGCAAUGGCACCACAGUGAUUGUUAAAGGUUAGUCCUAUAGCAUUUUAACUAUUAAAACAUUCAUAGACCUUUUUAUUGUAACCUGUAUCUCAAGUUUUACUUUAACUUGUGUUCUGUAAGCGUCACAGGCAUGUGCUAUGUCACUGAUGCAGUAUUUGAAAUAAAGAUUACAUCAGUUUCCAAAUCACCAUUUUUAUUUCCUUCCCCAAUUUUUCCCUUUAUUCCCUUUUGUUCAUGUAGAUGAAACCAAAGCUCCUCCAACCAUCGAAAUCCUGAAACCGCAGAAUAGCUACAAUUCCUUUGUCUCUCUCCUGUGUUUGGUGUCAGGAGUGGUCCCGUCUCAGGUCCAUGUGUUCUGGCUCAUAGACGGGAGAGAGGACAGUGGACUUACUGAGUCCACCUGGACAGACAACAGUGAUUCAGCCACAGAGUUCACUAGGAACCAGAUUCUGGUCAAAGCAGAGGAGUGGGACAGAGGUGCAGAAUGCACAUGUGUGGUGGAGUUAGAAGGGCAGUAUAUCACCAAAACCGUGCAACACAAUGGUAACUGCUCUUCCUCUUACUGUCAUUAGUUCGUACUACUGUAAUAAUAUUGACCGUAUGUUCAUGUAGUUAGUAGCAUUCAUUUGACAAGAAAUGCAGUGAAUAUGAAGAUAUUUAAACUUUUUGUAUUGAGCUGUACCAUUCCCUUUGAUGAGAUAUUAUUGUGUCCUGUCAGACUUCUCCACGAUGUGUUACACCAUAGUGAGUCUCUACAGGGUUCUGGGAAUUGUGUCCACUCUUCUUCUUCUCCUUACACUGACUGCAUGGGCACAACUAUCAGGCAAGAGCAACAAUUCAGGUAAGAAUUAUUUUUGUAUGAUAGCUAAUUAUAUACUGAACAAAAAUAUAAAACGCAACAUGCAACAAUUUUAACGAUUUUACUGAGUUACAGUUAAUAUAAGGACAUCAGUCAAUUGAAAUUAAUCAAUUAGGCCCUAAUCUAUGGAUUUCACAUGACUGGGCAGGGGCGCAGCCAUGGGCUGGCCUGGGAGAGUAUAGGCCCACCCACUUGGGAGCCAGGCACACCCACUGGGGAGCCAGGCCCAGCUAAUCAGAAUUAGUUUUCCCCUACAAAAGGGCUUUAUUACAGACAGAAAUACUCCUCAGUUUCAUCAGCUGUCCGUUUGGCUGGUCUCAGACGAUCCUGCAGGUGAAGAAGCCGGAUGUGGAGGUCCUGGGCUGGUGUGGGUACACGUUCAUGGUCUGAGGUUGUAAGGCCGGUUGGACGUAAUGCACAAUUCUCUAAAGCGACGCUGGAGGCGGCUUAUGGUAGAGAAAUGAACAUGACAUUAUCUGGCAACAGCUCUGGUGAACAUUCCUGCAGUCAGCAUGCCAAUUGCACGCUCCCUCAAAACAUUGUGUUGUGUGACAAAACUGCACAUUUUAGAGUGGCCUUUUAUUGUUCCCAGCACAAGGUAUAUGAUAUGCCACACCUGUCAGAUGGAUGGAUUAUCUUGGCAAAGGAGAAAUGCUCACUAACAGGGAUGUAGACAUAUUUCUGCACAACAUUUGAGAGAAAUCAGCUUUUUUUGCGUAUGGAACAUUUCUGGGCUCUUUUAUUUCAGCUCAUAAAACAUGGGACCAACACUUUACAUGUUGCAUUUAUAUUUUGUUCAGUAUAGUUACGCGUGUGUGCGUGAAACAUUGUCCGAUGUGAAUACACACAAAUAUUAGUUUUUUUGUUUUACUUUUGACUAACUUAAAGUGCUAUCUGUGUUCUUUUGUUUUUUUGUUUAGGCAAGUCUAAGAAAAGCAACAGAAAACCCCCAAACUAA